GCUCAAACGAAAAGUGUGAAAUAGUGCCCCCGAUUCGCGAGCAGGAACAUUUCCCGGGGAGAAUCCCUCUCUCUGCGAAAAUGCUCCCCUUGUCGCUCCUGAGAACCGCUCAGAAUCAUCCGAUGCUGGUGGAGUUAAAAAAUGGGGAAACGUACAACGGUCAUCUAGUCAGCUGUGACAACUGGAUGAAUAUCAACCUCAGAGAAGUAAUCUGUACGUCAAGGGAAGGAGACAAAUUCUGGCGGAUUCCCGAGUGCUACGUCAGGGGUAACACCAUUCGAUUUCUCCGCAUACCCGACGAGGUGAUCGAAAUGGUCAAAGAAGACAUAAACAACGGAGGCGGAGGGCGAGGUGGACGAAGACGCGGAGAUUUCCGUGGACGAGGUGGUCUACGAGGUCGGGGAGGAGCUCCCAGAGGCCGAGGAGUGUAAUAUAUGUAUAUCAAUAGUCCUGUUCUUCAAUGAUGAGAAUGCAAACGCCAGAAGAUGUCUCCGCGACGAGCUCACUAUGCCCUAAUGGUCCAUUCCCAGUCGCCAAGACUGUUCGCGGAUGAUUCAUAUCGCAUCGUGUCCCAGAAGAGACUCCCGAAUAGUCAAAUCCAAGAUCGGAUUCAUAGUCCGAUAGUCCUCUGAUUUCGGCAGGAAUAAAACGAAGUCCCC